AUGGUCAGAAAAGAAGGAAGUGAAAAGAUGUUAAAUACCAAGUCCAGCUCACCUGGUCAACUUGGACAUUUGGCUUCUGUCAACAUGACUCUCCUUAUUCUGGGGCUUCUCGUCCUUUCUGUUGCUGUCCAGGGCAAGAAAUUUGAGAAGUGUGAGCUUGCCAGAACUCUGAAGAAAUUUGGAUUGGCUGGCUACAAGGGAGUCAGCCUGGCAAACUGGAUGUGUUUGGCCUAUGGAGAAAGCCGUUAUAACACACAAGCUAUAAACUAUAAUCCUGGAAGCAAAAGCACUGAUUAUGGGAUAUUUCAAAUCAACAGCAAAUGGUGGUGUAAUGAUGGCAAAACCCCCAAAGCAGUUAAUGGCUGUGGUGUAUCCUGCAGUGCUUUGCUGAAAGAUGACAUCACUCAAGCUGUAGCAUGUGCAAAGAAGAUUGUCAGUCAGCAAGGCAUUACAGCAUGGGUGGCAUGGAAAAACAACUGUCAAAACCGAGAUCUCACGAGUUAUGUUAAGGGUUGCGGAGUGUAA